AACCUGCGACCGACCCUCAUGGAGGUUUUAAAACAGCUACAUAUCUCUGUCUCUCAAAAUUUUGAUAAACUUUUCGAUGAAGCCUAUAAAUCCUUACAUACGGAACUCACGCGUCGCGACGAGUACGUCAAGGAGCUAGACAAGAAGCUAGCAGGUACAGACAGAAACACUGUUUCUGCAGAGGUUCUGAAGCUCAACCGCGAGAUUUCCCUCUUAAGAGAGGAAAUUCGUCGCAACGAUGUGGGCCUGGAGGACAUUGAGGGACUGGAAAAAUUGGUCCGAUUAAAGGACGUCUAUUCACCAGAACACCUCCUGUGGGUAUUCGAGACUGGCGAUCAGGAAGAUGGACGCUUCACAGCGGACAAAAUGAAGGCCGUCUGGGAUCAAUAUCUGGCGCUUUAUAAGGAUUUCCAGACACUGAUUGAUGCGUCCAAAGAUCUCAAGGCAAAGAUUAAACGACAUAAAAGAAAGUUACAGUACUGGGGUGCUCAUCUUGACAAAGAAGAAUUCACGCUUGUACUUGGUGGCCGUGCAGUCAAGUUCAAACGAGUCCCAGAAAAUACUAGAGAUGAUAUGACACGUACCCCCUCAAAAUAUUCGCCCCUGUGCCCCACUGAUUUGCCGGUGAAGGUUGGAGAUGCUUCUGCACAGAUACAUUUAACUCCAACGUCCGACUUGACUGCAUCCAGACACAACGCACAAGGCAACGGCGGAUUGCCGCCUGCUGCUUCCAUGGAGCCAUUGUCAACACAGUCAGAAAAAUCGAAAGCUGGGGCAUUGAAAAGAAAGCGUGAUACAGUUACAGACCAUGCUUCGAGUAAGCGCGGCCUCCACGGCACUCGGGCGAACGACCAGUUGGCGCAGCCCGUUCUGAUAAAGGGCGAGAGCAUGUCCUCUAGCCCCAUACGAAUUCACCUUGGACAUAAUGUAGCUGGGACUCAAGACUUGGACGAGGUUGGCAGCGCAGUCGAGACGCCGAGGAAAAGAAAAUCCUAUCAUCUGGACGGCCAGUCCCAUGAGCUUCCAUCAGACACUACCAAGUCUCCUUUGCCCCGCAAUCCAACGGCUCUACGGUUGAAUCGCCAUAAGACGGAGCCGACCCAGCUGGCUCCCAAGCGGCCUACAGUACUUCAACCUGUGGACACUAAUUUGCCAAGCGCAAAUGGCCCUAGGAUAUGGUCGGAGCAAAAGCAAUCGAAUAAGUCAGAGAGACGUAGCAGGUACGCCUUAGACUCGGUAGCAGAAGAUGGUGAUGAAAGUUUGAGGCUCGUCCCAAGGAGAGGCCAAGUAAAGCAGGCAUCCCGUGUCCAGUUGACACAGACAAGCACGAGCAUGGACGACGUACUGAUACACCAGCGGCUGGACGAUCUCCUGGAACGGCCUUUGCGACCCCGACAUCCAUUGCACAUACAGAAGAAGAAUAGAAACAUUGCUGAGAUCGGGCCCGACCAACGGGACAUUUCCCGUGACCCAUGUACACAAGCCUCGGGGCGUGUCAAGGAACCCUCAGAAUCCAGUGAGCCAACCGAAUCCGCCAUCGGUAGGCCUUCGAUAUCCGUCGGGGACCGGGAAAAGUCAGAAGCCUCUCCGCAGGAAGGUUCGCGGUCGCAUUCGUUCAAAGUCCCUGAUACGGUCGCUGUACACUCGGAAGACGAACCUUUUCGAGCCCGACCGCUCCACCGACUCGGUCUUAGACAUUUUAAGAUUAACCCGAAUGCUAACCAAGGGCUAGACUUCGCGUAUGACACAGUUGUCCGCAGAAAGGAUGAACGCAAGUGUGUCAGUGGCUGCACGCGCCCGGGUUGCUGCCGAGAGAAGUUCCAUGCUAUGGCGCGUCUUGGUGGCCCGCCAACCACUACGGACGGCUCAGACGAUGGAGAAGAAGAGCAGAAAAUGUUGGAGGACUACCUCGGUGAAGAGAAACAUCUACUCGACCAGCUGAGCGCCGAAGAACGUCAGAGCCUCCUCCAUGAGGCCAGAGCGAGGCGCAUGGCCAACCUCUUCAGUAAACAUAGGCAUGACCAUCAGCGUCCCAGCACGCCUCCAGGAUUCUGGCGAACGGACAUGCCUGACACACAAGAACUGGAACAUGAUCGCGAAGUAGCGAACAAUCUCGAGAGGGAAAAAGUGAAGGAGCGGUAUCGAGAAGCAAUGCGUGGCGGAAUGUGGAAAUUCGCUGAUGAAUGACCUUGAAAUGUGCAUAACAACAGAUAUUGGAAAUAUAACGGCAUAG